GAACGAUACGUUUGUUGCAUCGUGCAUUUCGCAUCGGCAUGAAGAUGGCGGUGAGAUGUACGUUGCCUUCACUGAGGACCUGGAGUCGGUCGAAUAGUUCCCCUUCGAAUUGUUUGCACGUUACUCAUUGCAAUGAGAUCAUCAUGAUGCGCCGAACUGCUAUCAAGACAACACAAGUCUGCUCACAAAGGGACGUCGACAGAUUGAUGGCUCCUUUAGUAUCCAGCUCAAUCGACGGAUCCACUCCAGAUUCCGAAACCUUCUUAGAACAGGAACUUGUUGGGCAGUAUUUCUUCAGUGAAAAGCAACAGGAGCGCUUUCACAAAUUGCACACAACCAUGAGAAAGUGCGGUGUCGCUUUUGUUGUUGUUUCAGCAGCUACAGUUGCAGGCCUCAUACAGACGGAGUUUGAGAGCGGGGAAGAGGCUUCUGGGGUUUGGGGAGUGAUUGCAUCAUUCUUCAACCACCUCACCGUCGGGGGCGUGGCGAGACCUGUUGACACCCUGCUCAUGGCCGGUCUCAUAGUCUACAGUGCCAUCCCCUUUGAGAAAGCGGUCAAGUCAAAGACCCGCCAGCUGGCCUUUGUCUUCCAGGGGAUUGACAGGCUCACACUGGUCUUCAAUCAGCUGGUGAUUGCCUCGCUGGCAGUCAGCACCAUUGCCACGCUGGAAGCCGCUGUCAAGUGGCCGGAGAGUGUGACAUACGUGUCUGCCAUAUUCUUUGCCGCGGCAGUCAUCAGAUCCGCGGCGAUGUGGUAUGUGCUGAACACACAUGCGGCCCACCUCGAUGAUAUCGAGGCCACCCUGACAGCAUACAGGGGCUGCGAGAACUCGCCCCUCGCAGAAAUCUGCACGCCUGAGAUGCCCUGGUGGGACCGCUUUGCUGUCAGCAUCUCGCUCGGCCAUUUGCUGCAGUUUGAGCCUGGCGGAGUGGAGCCCACCGAGCUGGAUCUGCAGCAGUACAUGGCAGCAAAGCUGAGCACGAACCAUGCGGACGAGCCGCUGGACUGCAGCUUCCCCCAGUACGCCUUCACCAAGUCAGAGAGGUACCUGCUACGCACCUGCAUGAACGCUGCCACCACCGCUGGCAUGGCUCUGGCGCUCCAGGGCGCCACCACCGGCUUGCUUGCUCUGGCGAAUCUGUGCUCUGGUGACUCUGGCGAUGCGGUGUCGGAGGCCAUCAACGCCGGGCACAAGCUGCUGGCUGCCACAUUCGUGUAUGGCGCAUCACACAGCUUUGACCAGAUCAUCUACACAGAGGGCUGCGACAUUGGGUACCUUGUUCAGGGGGUGGGCAGAAAGGGUCUCACCUCGCUGUUCUCCAAUCUGGGCAUCCUGGCAGGGACAGUCGCCCUCGCAGACACAGUGGCAAUGGCUGCUCCCUGGAUUGAGCACUCGCCUGUCUUCACAUAUAUUGCGGAGCGCUCCUCACAUGAGGUCGCACAUGCGCUCAUCAGCGCUCAGAGGCUGCUUGUGAGGCUGCUGCCAUAGCAGCCCCGCUAGGCAUGCAGCAUGUCUUCCUGUAGAUGUCCACCGCCGUUCUUUGGCAGCAUCCAGACAUUCUUUGUACUGUAUUGUACACUAGACUGACAUUCUUUGGCCAGUGCCACUGUGCCUGGCCGCUGCGCUUGCUAGUCUUGAUUAGCUGUCGACCUGAACUGCACCACUGAUAGCCCUGACAUGGCAGCACCCUGUGUGUGCGUGCUCGGUAGACAACUGACAACAAGUGAAGCAAGACAAUAUGCAAGAUUUUGUUCUGGUAGCAAUAUUGGUUCCAUGCUGCCUGUGCCAUAGAUAUACAGGAUAUGCAGGCAGCCCCUGCAGCUUCUGCUUGUGCCAUCUGCACCUCGAGAUCACAGAUUGUCACAGGCUUUGUAGGCAUGAUAUUAUCAUAAUAUCACGCUGAGCGCCCAGGAGCCCUCCAUUUCUAGGUACUGUAUUUCAUGCUACCCACUGGUGUGUGGCAUCAACCACCUUUAUUUCUUGUUGCACCGUGCAGAUGGUAAAAGGUUUACAAGCACACGUCAUCUGGGGAAUUAGUAAUUGCCAAUAUUGCAAGGCCCCGGCUGGCGGGGGGCGGUACAAAUACUGAGCACCGUGCCCACGUUUGAUUGGGUCUUGCUUGGAUCUGGCGAGUCCAACAAGGGGUAGGAUUGUGGCAGCCUUCAAAUGCAGCUUGUCUGCAGGACGCACCUUGCCUCUUGGCAGGGAAAACGUGUAAUCAUAAUCAUAAUCAU